AUGAUGACCAUUGCUCGUUUUCUCUUGAUCGCCGCCGCCUUCGUGGCGGGCCAGGAUGCCACGGAUGCUCCGGUGGUGAGUGCCCUCAUCCUUGCGCCAACCCCAGCUGGGUCCGGUGCCGGCAGCCAAGAAGGCAACCAAGAUGCUCUGGUCGGAACGGGCGCUCGCUCAUCAACCGACUUCCGUGACCAAGGCAACGAUAACAACAGCCGCGGCACCCGCAACGGCGGUCCCACUUCUGGCUAUGGUGCCCUGCGCGUCAACUCUGGCUACGGUAACCAAGGAGCUAGCUACGGCAAGCAAGGCGCCGGUUACGGUAACCAAGGCGCCGGCUAUGGUAAGCAAGGCGCUGGCUACGGUAACCAAGGCGCCGGCUACGGUAACCAAGGCGCUGACUAUGGUAAGCCGGCGUACGGUCUCUGGAACAGCGGUGCCCAAGCCGGCGGUCACGGUCAACGCACAGGGCUGGGCUACGGUGCCAGCGGCUACGGACGUGGCAACGGCUAUGGUGGCUAUCGUUUGUAA